AUGGAGGGCGGUCGCCCGAGCGGCCGACCGCACCCAACGCCGCCGGUGCUCCGCAAGGUCUCGGGCUCGCACAGCUCCCUCGGAGACGACCGGGUACAGAGAGAAUAUGCAAUGCUGCUGUCCUAUCAGAUCUGGGUCGAUUUGCUGCAUAGCCUCCGCGACAAGGCCAGCCUCGAGACCGUAAACCAUAAGCAGGCCGCUCUGACCUGUUUGCAGCAACACCCGACACCGACGGUGAUACUACUUACAGACGCCGCCCUCACCAAGAAGUACUCAGAAGUAUGGAAUGCCGUCAUCGCCUACGUACGUGGAGGAGGCAUCGCUAUCGCCAUGGGCCUCUUCAGUAGUUUCGUCAGACCCAACGACAUUGGUCCUCUCUUCGCCAAGGCAGGACUGCGAUGGAGCGUGGGCAACUAUCAUCGCAUGAACGUCUCGUUCAACUCAGAGGCACUUGAAGCGACCCUCCCGGCCGAGUACAGUCAGAAGGCGCAAUUUCUGAAAGGGGUGGAUGCAGGCGCGGUUCUUUACGGGUUCGACGAUGAGUUCGGGGAGGGAACAGAAGCUGCGAUUGCUUUCGCACGGGUUGGCGACGGCAAGAUCGGCUACGUCGGGGAUGUCAAUGCUGAAGAAGGGACGACCGCCACCAUCAUCGCAAUGUGCGGCUUGCCUGGAUGA